GCCAGGAAGUUAAUCCCGAAACCGGAGUGCAGAGGUUCCAUAACUGGGGCUGAAAAUCAAACCUUCCCGCCCGCCUACCGGUUUGGCGUCCCCCCAACGGAAUAACUGACCGCGCAAGUUUUCGGUUUUCAAGCAUACGCCCCAAUAACUGCUGUCGCCCGCAUAACCAGAACCAGAAAGAAAUCCGAGCCAAUUAAGAACAGUAGCAGCGCUGCAGAAAUGGCGGAGGGUAAAUCGGAGAAGUCGCCUUUUAUUGGCAGGCAGCAGGCGCCGGUGACGCUAAAUCCUUCGUGGGAGUCCAAGCUGCCGGCCCACGAGGGAUCCAAUGGCAAGGGAUCCACGUCGGUGCUGGGCAAACUGGGCCUGCCGGCGCCCAGCGACAAGUACCUCAUCGUGUUCUUCAUCUUCCUGCUGCACGGCGUGGGCACGCUGAUGCCGUGGAACAUGUUCAUCACGGCCAAGUCCUAUUUCGAGGACUUCAAGCUGGGGCCCAACAACACGGUGGCCACGGACGUCAAGUACCGCACCCACUUCAUGCAGAACAUGGGCUUCGCCUCGCAGAUCCCCAACCUGGUCUUCAACUGGCUGAACAUCUUCGUCAACUUCGGCGGCGACCUGACCAGCCGCAUCGUGUACAGCAUCAUCUUCGAGAUGGUCAUCCUGCUGGUGACCAUUGUGCUGGCCAUGCUGGACUCCUCCCAGUGGCCGGGCGUCUUCUUCUGGACCACCAUGGUGUGCAUAGUGCUGCUGAACGUGUGCAACGGCAUCUACCAGAACACCAUCUACGGCAUUGUGGCCUCGCUGCCCAUCAAGUACACCGGCGCCGUCGUCCUGGGCUCGAACAUCAGCGGCUGCUUCACCACCGCCAUGGCCCUGAUCUGCGGAGAGAUCUUCUCGUCCCCGCGAACGUCGGCCAUCUACUACUUCGUCACGGCCAUCCUGGUGCUGCUGCUCUGCUUCGACACCUACUUCGCCCUGCCGCUGAACAAGUUCUUCCGCCACUACGAGACCAUCAGCCGGAGCAGCGAAAAGAAGACGGACUCCAAGCAGCAGCUGAACGUGCCCUACUGGCAGAUCUUCAAGAAGGCCUCGCCGCAGCUGCUGAACAUCUUCCUCACGUUCUUCGUGACGCUGUCGGUGUUCCCGGCGAUUCAGUCGAACGUGCACCGCUCGGAGGACUUCGUAAUCGGACCGAGUUACUUCACGCUGGUCACCUGCUUCGCCACCUUCAACGUGUUCGCCAUGCUGGGCAGCCUCACCACUUCCUGGGUGCAGUGGCCGGGUCCGAGGUUCCUGUGGCUGCCGGUGGUGAUGCGCGUGGUGUUCAUUCCCCUGUUCAUCAUGUGCAACUACGCUCCGCCGGACGAGGUGCGCACGUUGAGCGUGUUCAUCGAGAGCGACUGGGUCUACUGGGGCCUGGGCAUCGCAAUGGCCUUCAGUUCCGGGUACCUCAGCUCGCUGGGCAUGAUGUACGCCCCGCAGACGGUGCACGCCAAGUACCAGACAACGGCCGGAAUGUACGCAGCCGCCAUGCUGAUCACGGGCAUUUUUUCCGGGGUGCUGUUCUCGUAUCUGGGUCCAUAUAUCGUCACUUAGUUUUUUUGUUCGUGUGACACUUACUAAUACUUAUUAUACCCUUGCAGAAGUUUGCAACGCAGUGAAGGAGACGUUUCCGUUAAGACGUAAAAUUCUAGCUUCUUUGGUUUUUAUUGUAUUAUCUUCUACU